AUGCCCCUAAACCUACCAGAGAAUAUUGACGCCCCUGUGCUGUCGCAGUUCUCCUUAGCUGGCAAGAUAGCCAUUGUCACUGGAGGAUCCCGAGGCAUCGGCCAACAAGUCGUCACCGCUCUCGCCGAGGCUGGUGCAGACGUUGCCUUCAUUUACCGCACAAGUGUCACCGCCGAUGCAUUGGCGGCUGACAUCUCUGAAAAAACUGGCCGGAGGGUCAAGGCUUACAAGUCCGAUGUUGCCGACAGGGUGGCAAUUGCUAAUAUCAUUGAAGGUAUUGUGUCGACGUUUGGCGAUGGCCGCUUGGAUAUCAUGGUAGCCAACGCCGGUGUGUGUCAGAACGUCAAAUCGCUUGAAUAUGAUGAAGACACUUGGGAUUACAUCAACAAGAUUAACUACGACGGUGUCAUGUGGACCGCGAUUCCAGCCGGCAAGAUCUUCAAGAAGCAGGGAAGAGGAAACUUAAUCGUUACAGUCUCCGUCAGUGCCAGCCUGGUCAAUACACCGCAAACACAAGCUGCGUACAACGCUUCCAAGGCCGGAGCUUUGCUGCUUGCUAAGUCUUUGGCCGUCGAGUGGGCUGAUUUUGCUCGAGUGAACUGCGUGUCUCCAGGUUAUGUCCACACAGAAAUGAUCACCAAGCAGCCCAAAGAGCUUAUGUCAAAGUGGCUAAGCCAGGUACCCGGCGGUCGGACUUGUCAACCUCAAGAAUUGAAAGGCCUGUACACAUUCCUCGCCAGCGACGCGUCUAGCUAUAUGACUGGAUCAAAUGUUAUCAUUGAUGGAGGAUUCACGUUGCCAUAA